AUGAUUGAAGUCGAGCAGCCUACCCCUUCCCAGCGCAAAAAUCCUGAAAACGACACUUCGACCGCCGUGAAGAGAACGAAACACCAGAAGGGCUUGAAAUCGCCCAAGCAGAAGGCUGGAACACCGAUGCCCCCAGCUAAGAAAGCCCUCCAAAUUUGGUCACCGGUGAAAGAUAAGAAGAGGAAGGCUAGGGCAAGGACAACGACGCUCACCCUUCAAGAUAUUAAAGCUUGGACGAGCGUUGCCAGCGUCAAAACAAGUGUGGAAUCAGCAACACAAGAGCGGUUGUUUAUAGCGAAGCCUAAGUAUGCUACCGAGGCUCUAUCACCCAUCGCGCCAGAACAUGAACAUUGA